ACGACUCGUGCUCUUCCAUAUAAGCCCUGUUGGCGGUCCCGAGGCUGCGUGAACUUAAUCAUGGAUCCCUCGACAACCCCCCCUUUCUCUGCGGCACGGCUUAUGGGCGGUAUGGUUGUUGGAAUAAGUGUCUCAUUCAUAUUAUACGGCGUGACAUGCGUACAAGUGUACUCGUACGUAACACGUGCUCAGAAGGAUCCACACUGGAUGAAGGUACUGGUAUGGGCUGUCUGGAUCCUAGAUACGGUCCACAGUGUGGUCGUGUUGCGACAACUGUAUUUCUACACAGUCAUUUCGUUUGGCGACUAUACUGGUAUCUCCUUUGUAGACUGGAGUGUGCCCGCGGCAUUGUUCACACAGAAUGCACUUUUGAUGCUUGUCGAAAGCUUCUAUAUUCACCGCAUUUGGAUGUUGAGCUACAAGUCAUGGUUACUAACAUCUGGACUGGCCAUCUUGUUGAUCCUUCGCCUUGGAUUUUCACUUACCACAGCAGUGUUUGCGACACUUGGACCAACUUGGACAUCAUUUCAGAAUGAAAGAACACCAGAGAUCUGUAUUGUGACAGGAGAUAGCCUCUCCUCAAUUGUUGAUGGCCUUAUUGCAAUUUGCAUGAUAUACUUUCUAUGGAAAAGUCAAGCAGGCCUUCAGAGAAUGAAUACCAGAUUAGACAAUAUAAUUCACUGGGUUAUGGCAUAUUCAGUCAAUACUGGAGCUAUUGUCAUGAUUGCAUCAACUGCUAUAUCAAUUACAUAUCGUGUAUUAAAGGGCAGCCUAGUUUUCACUGGAAUUGUUGUGAUUGCUACAAAAUUGUACUCAAAUUCUCUUCUGGGAGUGCUGAAUGCCAAACAUCUUCUAAACAACAAACUCAAUGUACAGUUCACACUUGAUUCAACAGCUCUUGAACCAAUUGAAUUUCAAGUUAUCUCUUCCACUCAAAGUAUUCAAUUACUAGAUCAGGGAAGAGGGGGCAAUACUCAAGUUUCUGAUAAGAUACACUUCAGCAUCAAUCAGACUGGAGCAUCGGAUACUUCAAAAUCAAAAUUACCAUCAUCAUCCUUUGCUCAAUGAUCAGAAUGAACCCAUAGUAUUUGCACCAUAAUUUAUGUACAAUGAUUCUUACUAGCAAAAAAAAAAAGUCUGUAAUUGCUUAUUUGAAGUAUGGUGAUAUACUGUAGCAGAAUACCCUUGAGAAUACCAAGUGAUUA